AUGCAGGUUGGUGCUACGCUGCGAGCCCGCGAGGCCGGACCCAGUCGUGCCAGUCCCCUCGAGCGAGUAAGAAGGAGAUUCUGCAGGAGCAAACCCAAUGGCAGGCAUGACCGGAGAUGGAGGGGUGGCGAGCUCCCUGACUGGCCCGGACGGCUGGCUGGAGGAGGGGAAAGCCGCCGUGGCUCGACAGGGGUGCGGGCCAACCAGAUGUCGCGCGCACCCGAAAAUUGCGAUGGCGGCGUGACGGGCAGGGACGAUUGGGGAGCAUUGGCAGCGGCCCCACUGAUCGACGGCCAAUCAUCACGCAGGCGCACCAAAUCGCGGGCGCUUACAGCCCCUGCUGGAUGCGGGCGCCUGUCCAACCACGGCACACCGCCGCCCACCUAUCCCGCCCUCCCGCCCUCGCCGACGAGCAGAGAGCGCUCCCAGGGACAGUCGUAA